AUGGGAGUGAUGAUCCAGUGCGAGACCUGCAAAGUCUGGCAGCACUGUCCCUGCGUCGGCCUCGGAGACGGACUGGUCACCCCAGACAAGUACUACUGCGAUUCUUGCAGACCAGAGAACCAUCCGUACCAUGUCGUCGAUGGAGUACUGAUGACCAAUGCAGAGAACACUUCUUCGGCCGUGGCUUCUUUGAAAGUAAAGUCACCCAAGACCAAGAGCUCCGCCAGAGAAUCCAAGGUGUCGACAGAUCGAGACAGCCAGCCAGAUACCACAGCAUCUGAAGGCAACCACCAUGGCAACGUCACACGAGCAUCCAAGCGCAGGAAAAAGACCGACAGUACCCUUGACGACCUUGAUCAGCCCUCUCUGCAUACCAUCAACAACAGCAACGGUGACGCCAGCAAGAACCACACCGAAGAUGAAUCAGAAACCACCCCUGCCCCAGUGACAACAAAGUCCAACAAGAAAUCUAUGGGCUCCAAGCGCAAAAAGGGAGCAUUACCUGAAUAUGAAUCGUCGACUGCCUCAGGUUCCUCUGCUGUCAGCACGAUGAUGACCCCUGUCCCAGUUCAACUGGAAGAGUCAUUACCGAUUGCUGAUCAGGAUUCCGAGUCCGCUGCGUCCGCUGCCCCUUCGACUCGACGGAACGCUCGUUCGGCCAGCAACAACAAGAAGAACAGCCGCGCAGCUCCAGCGGAUGAUGUCAUUGAGGCCAGCCAUGUUGUCCCAGCAUCCAAGCGGCGACGUACUGCAGAGCCAACCACUCGAUCCAAGGAGGAUUCGGUACUAGAGACGGAGGACGAGGACAAGGCAUCCGACAAGGACAUUUCCCCGGCCGAAGCACCAGCCACACGAUCUUCUAGGAAGGGACACAGCACGCGAGCCAACAAGAAGGUCGAUCCAGUAGAAGACGAACAUGCUGAAUCAACGACACCCGCAGAAGAGAGCCCCAACGCCUCAGAGGACACUACCAGGGCAGACAGUGUUGUCUCACAUCCCGAGGUAAUGAAGCGAGGUGGGGCUCUUCGAAAGGCACAUCAGAACCACGGACACCACCACCACCACUCUCGUCACGGCUCACCCGCAGGAACACCCCAGCCAUCACAGAUCAUUGUCAUCCAACCGACCAAGGUCAAAUACCCAUCCGCCAGGAUGACCAUCGCGGACAUGAACAAGCGUAUCAGGCAGCUGCAGGACUAUGUUAGCCAUGCCCGUGCCGAGAUGAACGAAAUGAAGAAGAACCGAGAAGCCACCGCUGCUGCUGCGAUGGAGCGGACAAAUGCUGCCGCCACCGCUGUUACUGCUACUACUACCGCCUCCGCUUGCGAAGAUUCCACAAUGGGCAUGGCUGACAAUGUGGGGCCAUCUACUUCCUCCUCGGACUCUCAGCCAGCGUGGCUGUCAACCCCACCCCGAUCGGUCCAUGAGCCUUCCCGCAGUGAGUCAUUGGAUCCUGUGACACAAACGGGUACAUCCGCUACAACGACGGUGAUGUCGGCGGCCAUGACGUCUGAACAGAAGCAGGGUGGCCAGCCACCGAUGACACCACCACCUCAGAACGAAGCAGGAAGCUGCAACACCAACACUGGCAACAUGAACUGCGACGAUGUUGUCGGAUCCAAGGACAAGGAUCUGAGGGCAACGUCGACUCUGGUUUCAGCACCUGUAAGCUGUCUUGAACAGAUUGACAAACUGACCCACGACUUGCUCCACUUUCAGCGCAAGUUUGGAAACAAGUCCGAUGUUUGA